AUGGCCAGUCUAUCGACGCUCAGCCUUGCCGGUUUAGAGCAGUGGCUCGAUCACAUUUCAAUCUCAGAAAUAGACACUGGCAUCAAUGAAGCCAACCCUCUCUUUAACCCUCUUGAUAUCUGCCGUUCGUCCCUGGCUCAUGCCCUUUCCGACCUUGUGACGGGUGACGUUCAAGACGCAUUCAAGUCUAUACAGUGGCCGAAUAAUAUAUUCAAUGGGGAUCUUUCCGUCACUAUUCCAAGAUUGCGGCCGGGAAGCAAGCCAGAUGAGUUAUCAGCGGAGUUGGUGAACAAAUUCCCGAAAGACCAUGGUCUCUUCGACCCUCCUCUUCUUGAUGGAGUACAUCUGCGAUUCUUUCUCAAGCUCGAUGCUGUACCACGCCUUCUAUUACCAUACAUCUCGGACAGAAAGAACACAUACGGCAGCUUUUUGACCAAGGAACAUGUGCGCCAGAAACUCGUAGUUGAGUUUUCAUCCCCAAACAUUACAAGCGAGUUCCAGGGGAAACAUCUUCGCAGUACAAUUAUUGGCGCUUUCGUCAGCCAACUGUACGAAUCAAUGGGAUGGGAUGUCGCGCGCAUCAACUACCUCGGUGAUUGGGGUAAGCCCAUUGCUUUGCUGUAUGUCGGAUGGGUAAGGUAUGGUUCAGAAGAGGCAUACGAAGCGGAUCCCGUUGGCCAUCUCCUGACAAUAUAUCACAUGAUUGAGGAGGAUUUCAAGCCAGAGCAAGCAGCAAGCAAGCAGGCGCGUGAUGAAGUAGCCAAAGAAGGGGAGGACAAAGGAGAGGCCCAAGUUGAGAUUGAAAGCAAGGGCAUCUUUGCCGAACGGAAUGAAGCUUUCAGGAAGCUUGAAGACGGCGACGAAGCACUGGUGGCGUUUUGGAAACGCGUUAGGAACGUCAAUAUCGACAACUAUACCGAGUUCUACGAACGACUCGGUAUUUGCUUUGAUGAGUACACUGGGGAGUCCCAGAUCGGCCAAGACACCAUGAUCGAGGUCGAGCAGAUGUUGAAAGACAAGAACAUCUCAGAAGAAAGUGGAGGAGCUUGGAUCGUUCACAUGCAGAAACUAGGCGUGAAAUCUGGAACUGCCAUUAUUCGCGACCGUACUGGAGCUAGCACGUAUCUUCUUCGCGACCUUGCUGCAGUACUGGAGAGGUCAAGGAACUACUCGUUCGAUAAGAUGAUUUACGUCGUGGCCAGUGAUAACAGUGUCCACUUCGGACAACUCAUCAAGAUUUUGGAAGCCCUGGACUUGAAAGAUCUUGCCAGCAAGCUACACCAUGUCAAAUUCAGCGAAACUUCGAGGAUGGCAGCAGCACUAGGCAAGGGCUACAAGCCUCAGGGCAUACUGGAUGCAUGCGAGGAAGCAAUGAAGGCCUUGCCUGGAUCAGACUCAAAAAAGCUUGCUUUGAUGGGUGAACUCGAUAAAGCCAAAGAGGGUUUAGCAACAUCCGCACUUCUCAUUCAAGAGCUUUCCACCCGCCUAGCCACUGCCCACGCCUUCGACACCAGCACAAUGGUAUCUUUCAAACUCGGCUCAGGACCAGACCUCCAGUACUGGCUGACGCGACUCCAUCUCCUCCUCAAAAACGUCGGUUCUGCAGCUGAGCCUUCAGCUGAAGACUACGAAGUAUUGGAAGAAGAAGAUCGAGCAAACCUUCUGCGUAUCCUGGCUCAGUACCCAGAAGUCGUCAAGGCAACAUAUAGCUCACUUGAGCCGGCCGGCAUCGUCACGUAUCUCGCUAGUGUGACCGAGCAACUGGCCGAAUGCCUUGCAGGGGAUAGUGAGACUGAGGAAGCCGACGGGGAGGAUGAAGGUAUCACUCCAGGACUUGCUGCGCUAUACAACGCCACUGCGAUUGUUCUAGAAAACGGAAUGAAGCUGCUGGGCAUAGUUCCAGUAGCCGCUUUGUUCUCGCCAGAGAGAGCGGAUACGCCGGUGAUGGGGUAG